AUGCUGCGAAACACCCUGAUACUCGCGCUUAUCUCCAAGGCUUCUGGUCUCGUCGCUCGGGCACCAACACCUUCAUCUGGCAGCCAUGUCGUGACAGCGUUAGACCAGCCUCCUGCACAACAGACUGGAGAGUACUUCCAUGCACAAUACUACGAUCAUGCCAUCAGACCGUAUCGAGCUCCAGGUCGGAACGACUCGCGUGGCCCUUGUCCCAUGCUGAACUCUCUGGCCAACCACAACUACAUCAACCACGAUGGACGGAACAUCGAAAGACAAGAUUUACUUGAUGCCUUGCUGAGACAUGUCGGCAUCGAGGAGAGCGCAGUGGACGUAGCAUUAAGCAAUGCGUUCAUCCUCUGCGAGUUCACAACCGGCAAACAUUGUGGUACUCGACUGGCGAACUUGACCCUGUUGGCUCUUCCCCAUGCAUUCGAGCACGACCACUCCUUCUCGCGCGAAGAUUACAUGAUGAAGUACAACAAAGAGUCCAACGACAAUUUGAACUUCAAUGCUACCAUCUUCGAUACUUCGCUGGACGUGCUGAAGGGCUCAUCCCACAUGACCUAUGCACAAAUGAACGAGAUUCGUUUACAACGAGAGUCUCUUGCAUUGCAAAGCACAACGCCUGGCUGGUUAAUGGAGCAAGUCCCGAUCCAGGAAUUUGAAGCUGGUUUCAUCUUCGCAGUGAUGGGUGAUCCCGGUCGUCCAGAUUCGCAAAGCGAACCUCUGGUGCGUGUGGACUGGUGGGAGUACUGGUUCGCAAACGAAGCAUUGCCGUAUGAGCUUGGCUGGCAUCGUCCCAAGCCAGCUCGAGGCAUGGACUUCGUCACCUCUGCGUCUUCGCGGAUAUUGCACGCUGCACCGACACAUACGCCUUCACCGUUGCCAGUAGACGCUUUCGCAUUGUUUGAGCCCGAGCCUGGAAAAUUGCACACAGUCGUUGACACAGUGACAUACUUGCUGCCGACGAAUACACCCUAUCGAGGCACAAUUGCAGACCGGAGGAGGCAAGCUACGGCCACCAGCAGCUCAGAUACGCCUCGAGCCACAUUCAAGAAUCCGUACAUGGAGAUGUGGGAGAUGUCCGACAUCAGGAAUCAACAGGCAAUGGCAGAGAUGCACAUGCAGGCGCGGUGA